ACAGAAAACAAAUGUCGAACAGAGCGUGAUGUUGAGUUCUAUGUUUCUUGUGUGAUAAGUCUUGGAAUUAUCAUUUCUGAAGAUCCUUUAAGGUUUUGUCGAUGUCACAAGAAAAGAAAGCUAUUUUAUUAUUUAUCCUCCCUGUAGUAUGCAUCCUUUCACACGAAUUUGCAGUCCCUGCAGGCAAUACUGCGUUUCAUCUUCAACCAAACAGAGGAGAAAGAUUGCUACUUAAACCACAUGUAACAUGGGACAUGGAACUCCAACAUAAUAAAGUUGAGAGAUCCUGGAGAUAUGCAAUUAUCCAAGUACAUGCGCAGCAAAACAACGUGACAUUGUCUCUCAAUCCUAUUUUUAAAUACGAUGAAACAGAUACAGGACAAGGUGUUGCAGUUCUGUGUCCAAUAAAAAGGUUAUUUACAGAUUAUCACUUUUAUUUGAAGUCAGAGAGUAAUGAUGACUCCUUUAAUGUUGACAUCAUCUCAGUUCCAUAUGUCUAUGGAGCUCCUUUCCCUGGUGGUUGCUGCCUCACUUGUAACAUGGAAUUUGAUCCAAAUCUGGUCAUAUCCUAUGAUAGAGUGGAAACUAAUGUAACCUUUGCAUAUGCUAAUGUGUACUAUAAAAGGUCUGAGAAUUCUAGUUCUGUACCAUGUGAUGGGAAUAAAAUUCAUCCAGAGAAGUCACCAGAACAUUAUCGUCUGGAGUAUGAUAUCUAUCUUAUGUUUCUUGAAGAAGGGGAUACAUCAGAGGACACUUUCUUUAAGGGAUUGCAAAAAAUGGCUUAUCCAGCUGUUAUCAAAACCAAUGGGAAAAAGAUGGCCUCUCUGAAAGCACCAACACUUCCUGUGGCAAAAUUUGAUACUCACCAAGUUGGCCAAGGUGUUGUGUACAAUGUUAUAGUGUAUGAUCCAGUUACCAACAUGGAGGCUGCAUACUCACCAGCAGUAAUCUAUGCUCCUAAUUAUCUCAGGCUUGGUGUUGUUGAUGCUGUAUUUGCUGUCACAGGAAGUUUGAUUGGGUUAAUCUUUUGUUUCUUUGGGUUUCGGCUCUUCAAAUUCACCUUAUUUUUUGGAGGACUUGCAAAUUUUUCCAUCAUAUUCUUCAUCAUCAUCGAUGCCAACAGUAACUUAAGUCAUCUUGGUACAAUGCUGACAAGUGCUGGGUUAGGUGUAGUUUUUGGUUUGUUGUUGUUUGCUUUGUGGUGGUUUACAGAGUGGACAAGGAUUUGUCUCCUGUUCAAUUCAUUGCUCCUUGGUUUCUUGAUUGGAGCAACACUACUGUUCACACCAUUUGGGGACCUGGACUUUGUUCAAGGCAGUGACUUUGACUAUGGGGCCAUCAUCUGUGCAUGUACUCUAGUAUUUCCAGUGAUUUUGGUACUUUGGCCUUUUCUGCUCUGUGUUCUUUACACUUCCAUUGUGUCUGCGUAUGCUUUUAUUGUAGGUAUUGAUUUCUUCAUCCACACAAGUAUUUCCUUUAUAGUGAUCGAUGUCAUUCUUCAUGCUACCAAGCCACAGUAUCGGCGCGAUCAUAUAAAUGUUACGAGGCCUUUCCAGCGAAAUGAUUACAUCUUGUCUGCAACCUGGGUCUUCCUGUCAUUUCUCGGUUGCUUCGUUCAGUACGUCAUGUGUAGAAACAGACAAUUUCCAAAAAGUGGUUUUAUUGAACAGAAGAGAAUCAGAAAGUAUUUUAUCAGUAAAAAUAUGAGUGAGGAGACAACGCCAAUUUUGAUUAACAGUGACGGUCAAAGAACAUAUGGAGGGAAUACUAUCUGCUGAUAGUCGCUGGGCUGUCUUCUACAGGGUGACUUAGUUUUUCGGUUGCUGAGAGAUUAGGAGUUGAAUGCGGCAUUAUGAGGUUUUUUAGGGGACUUGUCAUUGUUCCUCGCACACCUUGAUAAUUAAGGUCAGAUAAUUUCUCGGAAGAAUUGGUUAAUGCCUUACAAAAACAAUUGAAAACUAAGUAUUUACCCAACAAAAGUAAUGACAUUGAAUUUUCAUACAUUUUGAGAUGACUAUGGUUCCUUGUUUGGACAUGUGUUUGUCACACUGCACUAUCUUGCUUUCAUUACCAGUUCCAAAUUUAACUCUCAGUACAUUGUAGCAAACUUUGAAUUGAUGAGAAGGAAAAGGGAAGUAGUGACUAUUGUAUAUGUAACUUUUUCUACCCACGACGUCUUUCGUUGUGUUGAAUUAUCAAUUUCUGUGAGGUGACACAAGUAUCCUUGUUGAUAAAUAAGUCGUUGGUAAAUAACUGUCUUAUAUAUGGCUAACGCUUAAUAAGAGAAGUAUGGAUUUAAAUUUUAUGAGAGAACGAAUAAUGCAAACAAAGUAUUUUCAUGAAUAAAUUCCAAAUAGAUUGUA